AUAAGGGGGUAGUGUUUAUAUGUACCGAGGGCUGGGACAAGAGCGCAGCAACUAUUAACUUCAGCACCUGGACAGCAACCCGCCUGGAAGCGCACCAUUUCAGAAGGGCCGUCGUCAUGGCUUGAAAUACGCCUCCCGUCUGCUGUUAUUUGUCGUUAAAGGCUACGUGUUGCAGGAGAGUAUACGUGGAGCCGCUUUACUCCGCCGCAAAGUAGAGAAGAGAAGCGUUACCGUCUUCUGUCUUCACUGCACAUAACGCCGUCAGAGCGGGACUCUCGCCUGUCUGCAGGGACAGUGCAGUCAGUGUUCGAAAGCGUUGGCACGCGGAGAAAUACCAGUGAAGAGACAGUUCUCGGCGUUGUGUUUUUCGUCGGCAGAGUGAAGCGAAGAUGCCUCGACUUCCAAGACCGAGGUUAACGCUAUUGCUGUGGAUUUUCAGCCGCAUCAGCAGCUUUAAUGCAGCUCUUCCAUCACCCCAAAAGUGCGAUGAGGCCAUGGCAACGCCGCUCCCCCACAAUGCCUUCAGCAGCUCCUCUGUGUUCACCAGUGGCUACGCUCCUGGAUAUGCCAAGCUCAACAAGAGAGGAGGGGCAGGCGGAUGGUCUCCGCUCGAUAGUGAUCACUACCAGUGGCUCCAGGUGGACCUGGGGAGUAGGAGACAGGUGACCUCGGUCGCCACCCAGGGCAGGUACAGCAGUUCAGACUGGACCACGCGCUACAGGAUCCUCUACAGCGACACGAGCCGCAACUGGAAACCAUACCACCAAGACGGAAACAUAUGGGCAUUCACAGGAAACUCGAACACGGAGAGUGUGGUCCGCCAUGAUCUGCAGCAUGCCAUUGUGGCUCGAUACAUUCGCUUCGUUCCUCUGGACUGGAGCAUGGAAGGACGCAUUGGCCUGCGGAUCGAGAUCUAUGGCUGUGCUUACUGGUCGGAUGUGAUUAACUUUGACGGCCAGGGGGUGAUCUCGUACCGCUUCAAAAUGAAGAAGAUGAAGAUCCUGAAGGACGUCAUCUCCCUCAAGUUCAAGACGUCGGAGAGCGAUGGCGUGAUCCUGCACGGCGAGGGCCAGCAGGGCGACUACAUCACCCUGGAGCUGCGGCGGGCCAAGCUGGUGCUGCAGAUAAACCUGGGUAGCAAUCAGUACGGCUCGAUCCUCGGCCACACGUCUGUGACGAGUGGGAGUCUCCUGGACGACCAUCACUGGCACUCGGUGGUGAUUGAGCGCUAUCGGAGGAAUGUUAAUUUCACCCUGGACCAGCACACGCAGCACUUCCGUGCCAACGGGGAGUUUGACCACCUUGACCUGGACUACGAGCUGAGUUUUGGAGGCAUGCCGUACUCUGGCAAGCCCACCACUGGCGGCAGGAAGAACUUCAAAGGCUGCAUGGAGAGCAUCAACUACAACGGCGAAAACAUCACCGACCUUGCCAGGAGGAAGAAACUGGAUGUAUCAAGCUUUCGCAACCUGAGCUUCUCCUGUGUGGAGUCCCACACCUUUCCCGUCUUCUUCAACGCCACCAGCUUCCUGCAGCUGCCGGGACGGAGGGAACACAACAUGGUCUCCGUAGGGUUCCAGUUCCGCACGUGGAACCCCAACGGCUUGCUGCUCUUCAGCGCACUGGCUGACGGGAUGCUGGAGCUGGUCCUGAUCGAGGGCAAGGUCAGCGUCCACAUCAACGCGACUCAGAAGAAAAGCACAGAGAUAGACAUGUCCUCAGGUUCUGCACUCAGCGAUGGAGAGUGGCAUGAUGUCCGAUUUUUGGCCAAGGAGAACUUUGUCAUGCUGACCAUCGACGGCGACGAGUCCUCGGCGGUGCGCACCAACAGUCCCAUUCAGAUCAGCACUGGAGGCUCCUACCACUUCGGAGGCUACUUCCAGCGCACCAGCGUGGCCCCUACGCAGCGGUCCUUCCAGGGGUGCAUGCAGCUGAUCCACGUGGAUGACCAGCUGGCGGACCUUCUCGCCGUGGAACAGGGCAGGGUGGGAGCGUUUGAGAAUGUCAGUCUGGACAUGUGUGCCAUUACAGACAGGUGUAUGCCCAACCACUGUGAACAUGGAGGCAGGUGCACACAGACCUGGGAUAGCUUCAGUUGCACAUGUGAUGGAACUGGAUACGUUGGAGCCACCUGUCACACCUCGGUCUACGAACAGUCCUGUGAGGCCUACAAACACCUUGGCAAGACAUCAGAUGCCUACUGGAUCGACCCCGAUGGAAGUGGAUCACUUGGACCUUUCAAGGUGAUCUGCAACAUGACAGAGGACAAGGUGUGGACAACGGUGAUGAACAACCUCCCUUCCCAGACCACGGUGACGGGCUCCAGCCGCGAGAGACGGACGGUCCUGCAGCUCAACUACAGCGCCUCCAUGGAGCAGGUGUCCGCCAUCACCGACAGCGCAGAGCACUGUGAGCAGCUUCUGACCUACGCCUGCCGCAUGUCCCGCCUCCUCAACACCCCAGACGGGAUCCCGUACACAUGGUGGGUUGGCCGGAGCAGCGAGAAGCACUUCUACUGGGGCGGCUCCAGCCCGGGUAUCCAGAAGUGCACCUGCGGGAUCGAGCGCAACUGCACCGACCCCAAGUACUACUGCAACUGCGACGCCGACCAGAAACAGUGGCGUGAGGACUCUGGACUUUUGGCCUAUAAAGACCACUUACCUGUCAACCAAGUAGCAGUCGGAGACACGAAUCGACCUGGUUCAGAGGCUAAACUGACGGUGGGGCCUCUACGUUGUCAAGGAGACAGUAAUUACUGGAACGCGGCAUCUUUCAACACCCCCUCAUCCUACCUGCACUUCUCCACGUUCCAAGGGGAGACGAGUGCUGACAUUUCCUUUUACUUCAAGACCUCUGCCCCCUAUGGCGUUUUUCUGGAGAACCUGGGCAACUCCGACUUCAUCCGGCUGGAACUGAAAUCCCAAACUGUGGUGUCCUUCUCCUUCGACGUGGGCAACGGCCCGGUGGAGCUGAACGUGCGCUCUCCCACGCCGCUCAACGACGACCAGUGGCACCGCGUGGUGGCCGAGCGCAACGUUAAGGAGGCCGUGCUGCAGCUGGACCAGCAGUACAAGGAGGUGCGGCCGGCUCCCGCACAGGGCCACACCAGACUGGAGCUCUACAGCCAGCUCUACGUGGGUGCCGCCAGUGGCCAGAGAGGAUUCCUGGGGUGCAUCCGUGCCCUGAGAAUGAAUGGCGUGACCCUUGACCUGGAGGAAAGGGCAAAAAUCACGCCAGGGGUGAAGCCCGGCUGCUCGGGCCAUUGCACCAGCUUUGGGGUGUACUGCCGCAACGGGGGCAAGUGUGUGGAGAAGUACAACGGCUACUCAUGCGACUGCUCUGCCACGGCGUACGACGGGCCCUUCUGCACCAAAGACAUCGGUGGCUUCUUCGAGGCGGGCACCUUGGUGAGGUAUAACUUUGGGUCCGAGGCCGGCGCUGCCUCCUCGUCGGCCAAAGAGGCGCAGAGCGUUGGCGAGUCUGCGCCCAGAGGAACCAAUUUAACACGCGAGGACCUGGCCUUCAGCUUCAGCACCUCCAGCGCCCCCAGCGUCCUCGUCUACGUCAGCUCCCGCACACAGGACUACAUGGCCGUGGUGCUCAGGCAGAACGGCACACUGCAGCUGCGGUAUGACCUGGGAGGCCUGAAGGAGCCUUUUGUGGUGGACGUGGACCAGCGUAACCUUGCCAACGGGCAGCCACACACAGUCAACAUCAGCCGAGUGGAGAGGAGCAUCCAGGUCCAGCUGGAUCACUACCCCACGGUCAGCUACUCGCUGCCUGAUUCCUCUGACACUGAGUUCAACCUGGUCAAGACCCUCUUUCUUGGGAAAGUCUUCGAAACUGGUGAGAUUGACCCAGUCCUCAUCACAAAAUACAACACACCCGGCUUCGUGGGCUGUCUGUCCCGAGUGCAGUUCAACAGCAUCGCCCCGCUGAAGGCAGCCCUGAGGUCCCGUGGCCCCGCCGCGCCUGUGUCCGUCUCCCACCAAGGCAAGCUCGUGGAGUCCAACUGUGGGGCGUCUCCCCUCACCAUCCCACCAAUGUCAGCCGCAACAGACCCCUGGCAGGUGGACGGAGCAGGUCCUGGCUUCCCAUUUAAUGAGGAAAGAGUCAUACCAGACGGAGUCAACAGAAACUCAGCAAUUAUUGGAGGUAUCAUCGCCGUGGUGAUAUUCACCAUCCUCUGCACAUUGGUGUUCCUGAUUCGCUAUAUGUUCCGCCAUAAGGGGACCUACCACACCAAUGAGGCCAAGGGAGCGGAGUCGUCCGAGUCCGCCGACGCGGCCAUCAUCGGGACUGAGCCACCAUUCACGGAGACCAUCGACGAAAGCAAGAAAGAAUGGUUCAUCUGAGAGCCCACCGAUUGAGUAUCUUUCUGAGUAUUUGAACAAGACAGCAAGCAGGGGAGGGGGCUGAGAUUCCAAACUGUCCAGCUCUGAGAAACUGUACAUAGUGACUGGCUUGUGUCCAAUUUCUAUUGUGUUUGGGAAUUUGAGGACACCUUUGAAUAUUUACUCUCUGGAUCGAACAUGCCAUUUUUCUUUCUGUACACUGAUCUGCCAAAUCUGUCUUGAAGUGAGUGAGACCCAUAAACGUGUUUUUGUUUAUUUUUACUGGCCACGUACUUUUACUUCUUUAAGCAUCCGAAGCAUAACUUUGAAAACUUAAAUCCCGGAAAGAUAAUGCCAAAUUGUAAGUACAAACGCUUUGCUUUGGUUUCAAUUAUGACAGGGACAGUUUUUGCUAACUGACAUCAGAUCUCCUUCGUUAUUUAAAUCUGUGCUAAGAGUGGCAUGCAGAGUAAAUCUCCAUGACCGUAGAGUGACCACACAACCACAGUUCUCAUCUGCUGCUUAGAGCGGUCAGAUCUUUUAGACGUUUCAACUUUGACAUCUGCAAUUCUGUUGCCAAACACCCCAGUCUUAUGCACUUCUUUUGUGUAAAACGUAACAUUGUGAAGCUCAUCAUGAAAAACCCUGAAUUUUAUGCAUUCAAAAUUGAUAUUGAACAUGUACUGAUGUUCAACAUGUUUGGCACUGAAUGCCGUGUAAGGAGAUUGAAAUUCUCCACAAAUUAGAGUAUAAUGGAGUAAUAAUGUGUUAAAUGGCUUAAUCCACUGUGCCUUUCGGAUUUACCCUUUCUGGUUAAGCAGUAUUACACUGUGCAGAGGAAAAAGCAAAGGGAGAAAUGCAUAAGAUUCUGAAGUGGUGUGGUUUUCAUACGGGAAAUGCGUAUUUUUGUGAGUCAGUUGAGCUUCACUAAUCCCACUACACUCAGAUACGGCUCCAAAUUAGGUUUCAUUUUAGAUUUUUUCUUUAAAUAUGUAUAUAUAAAUAUGCUCUGUACAUGUUCAACAUGUUAUCAUUGCUGGCAGUGAUUUCAUAUGAUCACAGCAAAUGCCAUUUUUGUUUUAUUAUUUCUGUGGUCUCAUAUGUUUCAGAGUUUAGAGUUGUUUUUGUGUACUUCUUGACUGCAAAGCUAUGUUUUCUGUGAAAGAUACCGAGUAAAUAUUGUGUUCCCCACCAAGAGGUUUUAAACAGAACCUAGAACACCAAAUGUAAACAAGAUUCUGCUGUCCGGACGAAUGAGCACACUACCCUCCUGGAUGUUUUUACACAUGAUAAAGCCCCUUCUGUGCCUGCAGUGUGCAAAGUCUCACCAGGAGGAGCAGACUGGCAGAAAAAAAGAGACAAAAAAAGUCAUGAUUGUCUGAAGCAAAGCGAGAAUGUGUUCCAGUUUUUUGCAUUUAUUAGACUUUUCAACAUUUGUUUUUAAUCAUGACUUUUUUUUAACAUUCGUUGUGCUGUGUUUUGUCGUCGUUGUUGAUAUGUGAGGCAUUUUCUGAGAAGACACUGGCUAAAGAAUAGCAUUAGCAGUAAUGCAUUUCAAGGUAAAACAUCAGGUGAGAAUUGCUAGGAUGAGGUGUACUGUGCUAAAGAGAAAACAUUCGGUGGCUAGUGGCUUCUGUUUAAAAAGCAGAAUGGAGGAGAAUCCUAGCGUAUUUUCUAGACACAAGUAAGACUCUUUUGCACAGUGAUUAGGUCUGUUGUGUGGUCUUGUAUGUUUCCUUCUCUCAAGAUAAGUGUAUCAAAGGCUUGAUUUGGUUUGACAUGUGCCUCUCUUUAGCCUUCAUAUACAUUUACAUUUACAUUUACAUGACAUUACUUUACAUUUUGCUUUUCUCAACAAACAUUCUGUUAUUCCCUCUAAGUAGACAGUGCUGCUCAUGUACUGAAUCAAUAACGCUAAUUCUCACAAUGGAGGGAAAGAAAUCUAACCCUGCCCCUGUAAAUCUUGCAUCAAGUUCCUGUCACAAAUCUCUAGACAGCACACAGACCUGAAAUAGUUAGCAAAAGACCUUGAUAAAGGCACACCAUGUAAUACACAGUCAACAUGGUCAAAAGUGGAACAGCUAGAUCAUGGAUUCUAUCGAUCGAUUUUUGCUGACCAAGUAAGCAAUCUUAUUUACUAAGACCAGUGGAUUGUUUGUACUUCAAUGUGCUGUAAGUAUCAGUAAGAAUGAUUUAGCAUAAUUUGUCAUGUGGGGAUUUUCGCUCUGGAGAUGAAAAUUUGGGAGGGGAAUGUAGCAAAUAUAUUUGCAUGUCUCAACAAACCAUUCGGUCUCAUUGGACAUUCCGAUAUAAUCUUUGUAUUAUCCUUGUCAUCCGUCUGUAACAUGCUCACCCAAUCACAUAACAUAAACAUACUGUAUACAACUACAAUAAUAUUGUUUUGUACAGUAAUACUGUAGGUAAACCAUGCAUUUUGUUUCACAAUAAAUAUAAUAUAUAUAUAUUUUUAUGAAGAUAUUUUAUAGAUGACCUAGCCAUUGUCUGUGUACCAUCUGUUUCAGGAGUGUGUCGGAUGUUGGCUAUGCUACUUGCCGCUUGAAGUUUUUUUCAGUUUGUACUGACGGAAGUUGUAUUACAUGUCUGUCAUGGUGGAGACCCAUAAAGCUUUGAGAGUUGUAACAUUUUCUUUUUUUCCCCCUUAUUUCCAAGUUUUCUAUUGAUCGCUAUCAGCACCAGAUUUUUAAAUCAAAGUCUAAAAAAGAGAGUUCUUUCUGGACCUUCAUGUGAUUGAGCUAAUGCCCAGAGAGAAGGAGACAGUGUUCCCUUUUCAUUUGCACUUAUAACAGAAAAGAUUUGUGUGUGUUUGUUUGUCUGUCUGUCUGUUUUAUUGGUUAUUUCAUUACAUGUACUCCCAGAGCAUAUGAGUAAUAGUUACAUGAGAACAGCUACUGUCCCGAUACAAAGAACAUAUUCAUGUCUCUCUUCAGUGCUACAUAAAGUCAUAAACUUCACUCAAAGGUUUUAUUGAACACACAAAUUAUAAAGCUUCUAUUCUUUUGACAUUUUACUCAUACAUUUUUAUGAUCAAAUGUGGCACAUUGCUCUCCUUGAGUAAAAGCAGCAGCAUGGCCCAUUGUAUGUGAAUUGUAUAUAUUGGUAAUGUAAACUAAUGUGGAAUAUCAUAUCUGUAUUUAUUAUUGGGGAUGUAUUUUUUAAAUAUUUGCUAUUAUGACAAGUUGCGAAAAUAACAGAUUAACACCUUUUUAUAUUUAGUGCACUUCAGUUGACUGGCUGUGUUUCUUUUUAUUCCUUCAUGAUGUGAGAGACUUCAUUUACAAAACAAGGGAAUUUAAUAUGCGUAUGUGCUUCUUUUUAUGAGAUGGGGUAAAAAAUGUACUUAUGAACCUGUCACUGACAUUGUGUGACAUCUUUUGUGAGCUGCUCUGUGGAUAUCAGAUGUGAGAUCUAAUAGUUCAAAAGGAAUCACUGUCUCCUAAGGCAAAGAUUGUGUCUGUAUCAUUUCACUUACAAUUCCUUUUUGAUAACAUGUCAUCUGUCAAGCCUUAUUUGCAGUAUGUUUUGUGAUAUGGUAUAAAGUUACAACAUUAAAGAGCCUUGCCAUGA